AAGUUGGUGUUUUUAUUCAGGAAAUGCAGAGUUCUUUGGGUUUCAUCACAUCUCACAUUUAGUUCUCUCAGCAUUUGCUUUUUUUUGUGAAGUGUUUUAUUGUAUGUAAACCCUUUUUUCCGUAAACUAUUUAUAGCAUAACGUAUUCCAGUUUUAGCAUAUCCCUAACCAAUAUUUCCUCUGUUGUUGCCUUAGAAUGGUAAAGAUACAGUUCUGGAGACCAACACCAAACAAAGUUGAAAGGCGAUUGUAGAGUAGAUUCAAGCCAAAGACAUCCAGGCAUCAAGCAGUAGUGGAAUUUGGAAAAUACAGAGAGCAAAAGCAUGAAGAUACAAAGAGGAGAAAAGAGAGCCCCCAGGCUUCCAUUUGUCUACCAAACGGAAGAAAAGCAAAGUGUUUAUUGGGCAAAGACAAGCAGGAAACCGCAAGUUCUUCUGCCACGAAAGUAAAGAACAUGCUGAAGGUUAAAGGUAACAAGCCAAACAUUUUCACGUUUGAAGAUGUCCGGGAUGCGGAGGAUGCUCUUCAUGACCUGGACCGUAAAUGGCUUUGUGGGCGUCAGAUUGAGAUCCAGUUUGCCCAAGGGGACCGCAAGACCCCUAGCCAAAUGAAGGCCAAGGAGCGUCACUCUCCUCGCAGUUUUUCACGCUAUGAUGAUGAUCGAGAUAGUCGCCGCAGGCACUCCCGCAGAGGGAGCUAUGACCGCCGCAGGUCCCGCAGUCCAUCUUACGAGCGUCGCUAUCGGAGGUCUGAGAGUCCCGGAGAAGCUCGACACAGACGGAGCCGAAGCCGUGAAAAUGACAGGCAUAGUGGUCCACCACGUGAACACCCCAGGGCACACCGUAAGCCUGACUCCCAUAGCAGCUCUGUGUCGCGCUCUCCUUCACCAUCUAGAUCCAGGCCUAAAGGUAAAAAGAGUCACUCCAGAUCCCAGAGCCCAGCGGAGGACUUCCAAAAGCAACCUUCACGCCGUUCUCGAUCGCGUUCCUACUCUCGAUCCAUGUCGCGCUCCCGCUCGAGGUCCUGGGCAGGGCGCAAGUCUGGAGGCCACUAAUGCCCCAUUCUUCCAAAGCUGGUUUUAUCUGUCUGAGGGUGAUUGUUUAGAAUUUGCUUAUUGUAACUGAAGUUCUAUGUUCUGUUUGAAGUUGUUUAUCCACAGUAUGGAGGAAUGUUAACAGACGUGAAUCAUGACUUUAUUUUUUAUUAUGGAAGAGGAUUGUUGUUGUGGGUUCAUGGAAGCACAUUUAAUUUGUAAUUCAAAUUCAGUUUUACACGCAGGCAAAACUGUAGUUUAUGCAGAACAUGUGAUGGUUUCAUUCUAAUAAUUUAGCCAGUAAGGUAUCUGUAUUUUCAAUAAACAGUAUUGUUGAGUUUUUAAAAAUCAGUGACUCAUCAGUUGACAAAUACUUUGUUCUUACUUCAGAGAAUCUAAGUGUAGUGGCUAUGGAUGCCAGCUUCAGAAUGGUCCUUUUUCCACACUUGUACACUGUAGAUGCAAUUUAUUCUGUAAAAAUGGGCAGUGUCAAAGGGUAUUUUGUUUUUGUCUUAUGUACAUUGAUUUUUUUUUUUUAACAGUUAACCUUAAGAGGGUUAUUUGGUAUGUUUGUCAAGGAGUGAGCUGAUUUUUAUUCUUGAAUUUAAGAACUACAAUUAAGACACAUAAGACAUUGGUGUCUGCAGUACGCGUGUGUCUCAGUGAACCUUAUUGUGCUGAUCCGUUUUCAGUUAUGCAGAAGACAAGCACAGACAGAAGGUUGGGGGGAAGGGGAGGGGCUUUAUUGUUUUGGUAUUUUCAAAGAGUAUGUUUUUAAAUAAACCAAUGGAAGCCAAUCUUACACAGGACAUUUUCUUUUUCUCUUGGUGACAUAUCAAAAGGAUAAAUUAACAGCCAAUUCAGAAGUUUACAUUUUAUAACAAGGAGACAUCACCAUUCAUACAUCACUAAGGGAAAGGGAAUAUAAAAAAAAAACAGGUGGUACUCAAUACCAAGUUCAAUAUUUGGCUUGCGGAAGAACAGCUAAUCAUUGAAGGUGGUUUACCUGAUGAAAACCUUAAGUAAAACAUGAAGCUGGUUUUAAUUUGCACAGACAUACCUUAAAAGCAUCAACUUUACAUACACAAGCACAUUCCAAACACAUCCAUACCUUGUGAGUCUCCUGUGAGCCAAUUGAUCUGUUGCUAAUUUGAUUUGUAGUGAGCACACAUUGACCUGCGCUGCAUAAUACAAAACGUGCAACAUCUAUAUAAUGGAAAUAUAAUGGUGCAGGAGUACUGACAAAUGCUACAAGUUUUGUUUUUCUUAAAAAAAUAUUCUUCUGAUUCAACAUUUUCAGGACAUCUUUGACAUUCAUUAUUGUUAAAAAAAAUACUUUUUCAAGCAGGCUACAACCACAGCCUGCAAAUGUACAUAUGCUACAAGUACUAUACAUUUCUGUAUAUUCAUGGCUCUUGAACGCUUUGAAACUUAAGACUGUUUUGUUGUCUUUAUGCUGGCCAUUACAGCACCAGUUGUGCAACAGCAAACCAAAAAAGACCAUUAAAGGAUUUAAUGAAUAUUUACCCAAAAAAAACAAAC